AUGCAAACAGAGACUGAAGAGGUUGUGCAGUGGGCAACCAAAGUGAUGGACCAGAAAACAGGAAUAGAAAAGAGAGUUCAGGCAGAGGAGAGAGUGAGGAGAAUCUCUUCAGAUCUGCGCUGUGAGGUUUUGGGCCCGAAUGGAGCAGAGAAUAUUACAGAGCUGUGCAAAAGGAAUAAGAAGAUCAAGAAAACAUACUCAUCCAGGGGGUCUGUGGAAAUGCCUAUGAGGCCCGUGGAUAUGACAGAAUUCAUGAAUGCAGCCAGUCAAGGCAAACUGGAUACAAUAGACAAGUAUCUGGCAGAUGGUGGGAAUCCUGAUGUCCAUGAUGAGUUAAAGAGGACAGCACUACAUCGUGCCUCUAUGGUAGGACACACUGCGGUGAUCCAUAUGCUUCUAGAAAACGGAGCUGAGAUCAACUUUAAAGAUCAACUGGGCUCCAGAGCCAUACACUGGGCCUGCAGAGGAGGAAACCUGGCAGUUGUUAAAGCUCUGAAGAGCCACGGGGCUGACCUGAACAUUAGAGAUAAGUUGUAUAGCACUCCUCUGCAUGUGGCCACAAGAACAGGCAACACCAUCAUUGUGGAGUAUCUGCUGGAAUGCGGUGCCAAGCUCAACUGCCAGGACAGGGAAGGGGACACAGCCCUGCACGAUGCAGUGCAGCUCAACAGAUACAAAAUAGUGAAGCUGCUCAUAGCUGCAGGAGCUGACACAAAAAUAAAAAAUCAUGAGGGAGUGACAGCAGUCCAACAGGUAAAACAAUGGCAGUUUGACAUCAUGGAGACCCUGCAGAGUCUGGUGCCGCCUGAAAACACCUCGAGAGAGGAGUGACAGCUGUACAUCUACUUAUAUAUUCUUAAUAACCUCCCUUUCUAUCUGUCUUGGGUUCAAAAUUCAUUCUGUAUUCCACUGUAGGUUUGAGCACAUCAUGUUUGAGUACAUGCAUCAUCCUAUAGGCAUGAACAGAUGUGAGGUGUGCCCACCAUCAAAAUCUGCCUUCCCAGGGCACGGCUGUUAAGUCUCUAAGAUUAGUUUGAACUGUGACACUAGAAAAUGUCAGUCUGAUUGAUUCAAGAUGAUCUUCUUAUGUUUAAAAAGAAGAAGAAAAACAUAAGAAUGGGGGAAAAGAAAACGUUGAAUUUCUCAAACCUUGCUUUAUGAUCUGAAGAGCACUCUCAUGGAUGUUUCAUGUCUGAUUUAUAAUGCCUUUGUAAGUUGAAUAACAUUAAUAGAUAGUGUUCUACAGAGGCUACAUUUGAGUAUAGACCAAGCGACCCUUGUUUUAUAGCACACAGUAGCACUGUGUUUCAAGACGUCAGCUGACGAUAGCAGAGAUGGCUGGUAUGCCCCCGCUAAAGUCAGGGAUUCAAGGGGAGCUCAGUGGACAUAUUUUCCUUCUAUCAUCAGUGGCUCAAAUGUUCCUAAGGGAGGUUGGUCAUUCAAAGCAGGGAAACCAAAAACUUGCUUCCCAGGCUCAUGAUAUAGUUGUGUAUGUGUAAUUAAUCAUUAUAAAUACUGCCAUUAAUUUCAAGAGCACAUUAUAUGCAACAAAUA